AUGAAUUUAGAUUAUGAUAUUACUUAGCCUAUAACUCCUGGAAUGUUGAGAUAAAUAUUAAAUUAAGAUGAAAUACUUAAAGAUCUUUUUUUAGAAUUAAAAGGAUUGGAACAUUAUAUCUAUUAGAUUCUAAUAGAUUAAGAUCGCUUAAAAUAAUUACUUAAUGACAAUAUUACUAAAUUUUAAAAGGAAGACUAUCUUACAUUAUCAAGAGAAUAGAUUUUUACACUAAUAAUGAUGAUGUACUUUAACAUGAUCAAGAAAAAUUGUUACUCUUCACAUAAUUUUUAUUUAGUAAAUAUGGAAAAACUUAAAAAUAUGUAUAGAAAUAACAGUCUUAUUUAUGCAAAGCUUUAAUGCAUUAAAAAUUACAUACGUUUCUUCUUUUUAAAUAAAAAUAUUAUUGGUUCAUAACUUGUAAAAUUUAUUAGAAAUUCAAUUAAUGAAAAUGAAUUUGAAACUUUAUAAAGCCAAAAAUAAUAUGAAAUUUAAUUAGAUAUAAAAUUAACUGAAUCUGAAAAAAAUGAAGAUCAUUAAAAUUCAACAGUUGUUGAUUUUGCUGAUGAAAAUAUUGGAGGAUUAACUUUAGAUGAGUAUAAUUGUGCUUAAGAAGAAGUAUACUAUAUAAAUUAAUUUAGAUUCUUAUGCUUGUCUUUACAGAAGCCUUAGUUUGUAUGUUAUUUAUACCACCUAUGAAAUAAAAUCAAGCUGUCUUGAUAUAAGAUCUUAUUAAGUAUAACCAUUAUAAGGGAUAUGAAAAAUCUUUUUAAUUUGUGCCUUAAGAAAUAAAUGUUCGUUCCUUCUAUAAUAUACUUGUAUGUAUAUUUCUUAUAUUAGGCUAUUGAUGCUAAGCAUUUUUCUUAAUUUGAAAAUCAAUUUUUAGAGUAAAAUAUAAAUCGUGAAUUAUUAAAAUCUUAUGCUGGAUUUGAAUUAGCUAUAAAAAAUGCUCCAAGAUUUCCUAUAUCAACAGGAAGAUGGGGAUGUGGUAUAUUCAGGGGUGAUCCUUUUUUAAAAUUAUUAAUCUAAUUAUUGGCAUUUGCUUUAGCUUUAAAAAAAAAUUAACAAAAAGAUUGUUAAAUAAUAAUUAAUACUGUAGGCGAUAAAUAAUUGUAUUAAUUUGGAAAACUAUUAGUAUCUAUUCUCAAAAAGGAUUAAUUUAAUUUAGCUUUUUUAACCAAUUUGAUUUUCAGUUUAAAAAAUAAAGAGUUUUCUUCCUCUGAUGAAAUAAUUUCUUAUGUUAAUUCAUUUUAAUUUAAUUCUGAUUCUUAAAUUGAAUCUUUAAAUUAAAAUUAACAUGAAGUUUGUUUUAAUAAAAUUAAAUAAAAUUGUAUCAUUAUUUUAUUAAUUGUAUUUGCAAUUAUGAUUGGAUAUAUUUUGUACAAAUAAAUGAAAAGGAACUGA